CACGGAACCGAGUUUUGGGGCCGAGUAUUUCCGGUGCCGGUGGGAGGGGUUUACCCGGGGACCGGAAAGGAAGCUGUUUCUGAGCCUGAUGAUGGCGGCCCAAGGUUGAGGCGCUGACGGUCGCUCACUAUGAACCCGGAGACGGUGCAGCUGAGCCUGGGGUCGGGAGGCUCCACAGGAGGAGCCUCGGGGGCGGCGACUGGUGAGUGCAGACCCGGGAGCGGGAGUGCGGAGAGUCACCGCCAUCGCAGACCAUUUGACAAGUUUUUUAUCUUGUAUUUUCUAAUCAGAAUUCGUUUAAUAUCUUUGGCUGCGCAAAAGUUCAUCUCUGAUAUUGCGAACGAUGCCUUGCAACACUGUAAAAUGAAGGGAACUGCAUCAGGAAGUUCCAGAAACAAAAGCAAGGAUAAAAAAUACACCCUCACCAUGGAGGAUUUAAUCCCUGCUCUUUCUGAAUAUGGUAUAAAUGUGAAGAAGCCUCAUUACUUUACAUAAAGAUAUGGAAACAUCAGCAAACUAGUGACUACUUAUUAAUAUCCAGCACCUGCUGUACAAUGUCAGCUCCAGUUGGCUUUCAGAAAACUUGGUGAGAAAAAAAUGCCACAGGUUGAAAUUUUCCAGUUUGUGCUCAAAAGUGGUUCUGAAUCGACAUCCAAUGUUUCAUCAUUUGGAAGACUACAUUAUUUUACAGCUGAUCUGUGCAGUUCAUUUGAAAUUGUUACUUGUGGUAGGGUGAAAUAAUCUUUGGAUCUGUAUAAAGUGAGUUUUGAAAGUUUUUUUUUCCAUCUGUGAAAUUAGUCAGGAUCAGUUUAACAUAAAUUAAAACCCUACAGAAUAUAGUAACUUUUUUAGGAAAUGUUGUGUAUAUUAACUUUUCAAAAGUAGCAAGCUAGUAUUAGCAAACUUGUAAGAGAGUAGCCAUAUUAUUUUCAGAUGCAGUUAUAUGUUUUUCAUAUGCAAUUCAGAAGUAUUCAUCUUUAAAUUUGUCCUCAUUUUAAAUAAAAUGUGGAGACAAUUUAUGUUCUUUGUGAGGGGAAAGGAUAGCACGGUUGACCUUGUUUUUGGGGGAAAAUGGCCAAGCAGCCAUCUGCUUUUCUGUAGUAACAUCAACUCAUCUAAACUCAUGUAGAAUGGAAUAAAGAGUUAGCUGUGUGAGAGAAGAAAAUGAUCAUUUUAAGUAUUUUCCCAAAAUCCAUGCCUAAAAUUUGAAACAGCAGCUUCAUAUAGAUUACAAAGAGGAUGGAGAUUUAAACCAGGUAUAAGUUGUUCUGGGUCUCUGUAAAAGUCCAACAAAACAAUUACGAUUUCUUUAAAAUGGAAUUUUAAAAUAGAUAUUUGAUUUAACCUUUGUUUGAAUUGAUCACGCUUUUUUAGAACUUGAUUUAAUUUGUUUUUUCUUAAAUAUUAUUUAAACAGUUCAAGUAACCAUUUGGUUUGCCUUUAACUGCCUUGGAUUCCAUCUAUUUUACCAAACAUUUCUGAAGAAUGGAAUUUUUAGGGAACCUUUGUGAAUUGAGUGAGUGCAUUUGCUCCUUAAAUGUGUUAAGUCCUUAAUCUUAAAAGGUGUUGAGUCACGAGGAAUACAGAAUUCAGUAAGUUUCAUACCUUUUUACUUGUAAUCUUGAACUAAGAAAGAUUCCUCCAUUUUAUAUAUGUCUGAUUCCUACAAUACAUUUGGACCUAACUUUCUGUUUUGGCAAUGAUUGGUGUAAAAAAUAUAGUGCGGGGGAGUGGGACAUACUUAUUUUAGUGGUUUCAGUAGUUUGUUAAUUAACCAGGCGUUUCAGUUUUCUAUUAUCGGUUGCAUCAGUUUCACUUCCUCUGACUCCCUUGCUGCAGAAUUGCUACCCCAAUCAAGUUAUCUUCUCUUUUAUUACAGCCCCAAAGUCCAGCUCGUUAUAUUGUAUUUCAUUCUCAUUUAACUGUCCACUGCCAAUCCCCAUUAUACAUCUUAGUGAUCCUCAUUGAUAUUUAAAUGAAAUUUUUGAGGGGCGUUUGCUUGUUAUAGCUGCUUUAGAAGGUUCAAAGAAAUUCAUUCUUUGUCACUUAUUUUAAUCAAGGUCUUUUCUGAAUUUGAGCUUGAAAUAUUUAAUUUCCCUUCUAUCACAUUGAACACAAAUGUCAAAAUCGUUCCAAAAUAUUAUUUUUUUCCCAUUAGCUGCAGAUCAGCAAAUAUAAAUGCUAGAAUAUUUAGGAUUGAAAUUAUAAAACAGCCCUUCUUGUAUCAAACAAACCUGAAUUCUGCUGAUUUACUUCUGUCAUAAAAACAGAAUAGGGUUAGGCCAAUAUGAUCAAGUUUGAUCUAUCUUAAACAAAAUUGCUCGAGAAACUUAGGUCUGGCAGCAUCUCUGGGGAGUGAAACAGAGUUACCGUUUCAAGUCCAGUGACCCUCCUUCAGAUUUGCCUUAAAUCCGCUUUCCCACUUGCCCAUUACAUCAAAAAUUUAUCAGCCUCAAACGCCACUGAGUAAUGGGGUACACAUGCUAUUAAUGUUGAUCUCGGUGAAUAUUGUUAUGUAGAAUGCAAAGUGAACUUAAGCAGCUCAGUAGAUUCAAGAACUCUUUUUUGCAGUUUAUUUAGGAGCAUUGGAUGCUUUCUGCACAUUUUCCCACUUACUACUAGGUUGAGAAGCUCUGAGCAUCUAAUGAGAAGACGACUGCUGCACAGUGUGAUUCUGACCAUCUUUCUGGAUAUCUGGAUCAAGAGGCAGAAACAAGAACAAACAGUGGCACAGCCUGUAAUUGUUACAAAUGGCCGCGGGUGUGGGGAGGUUGUUGGUGGUGGGAACGCGGUAUGGGAAUGGAACAGGUGAGCAGUUGACAUCAAGAAGUUAAUUCACAAAAGGUCUUAGCUUUAAAUGUACUGAUUGCUGUCGGCCUGAAACAGUUUUAGCUGUGGCUGAAACUCAGCCAAGUCCACAGGAAACAUUCAUCAAAUGUUAUCUAAUUUUAAAACCUUCAAGUUCCAGUAAAUUUAACUAUUAAACAAUGUGAUAACUAUGGCAAUAGAAGACCUAACCAAAGGCUGUUGUAAAAUAAAUGCUUUAUAAGGUUAGAAUGUUAGCUUAAAUGUGCAUUAACUUUAGAAUCUGAGAUAACUAGCAGGAGCGAUUCGAUUGAUUUCACUCAGUCCCACACCGACUCAGGGCUAAACUAAAAUCAAUUCCUUUGGAACAGUAAAGUAGUUUUGAGCAAUAAAACAGCAUUUCAUUGACCAUUGUCAUUUCUGGUAGACCUCAAAUCAACUCCCCCCAUAUGUGGAGAGAAGGGGCAAAUCUUGGUUAGAGACUUUGGUAGAACCUAGUGACACUAUUUCGCAGGUAACUCCAUCGUUUAAGGUAAUUAUUUGUUGAGCUCAGAGUGUAAGUGAAUCUGUUCAUGUCCAAUUAAGUCAUUUUAAACUCUUAUCUGCUUGCAGUUUCAGUCUCCGAGCACUCUAUCUGUGCCUUUUUUAUUUUAGUUUUGAAAUGCUAAUUAUUUUCUUUGUGCAGGUAAAUAAUCAGUUACCGUGUGGGUGGGGGGGAUUUUAAACAGGAGGGUCUUCUUUUCUGAAGAAGGCUCCAGACCCGAAACGUCAGCUUUCCUGCUCCUCGGAUGCUGCUUGGCCUGCUGUGUUCAUCCAGCUCUACACCUUGUUAUGUCUCUUGUCUGACAUGUUGCCCUGACUUUAUUAAAGGCCUGUUUAAUGUUAA